AUGCUAGAUAUACAACAUCAAGAUCCAGAAUGGUUUGCACCGAGGUCCUCGGGUAUUGCGUUCAAUAACUUGAAUGCACAUGGUUACGGUGUGGCUACCGACUACCAGACGAGCGUUGUGAACAUCUUCUUGGAAACUGUCGGUUGGGUGAGGCGAAUGGCGGGAGCAGAGAAGCCUCGGAGAAUCGACAUCUUGAGGGACCUGCCUGGCAUUAUCAAAAGCGGUGAAAUGCUUGUUAUCCUGGGGCCACCAGGCUCUGGCUGUUCCACCUUCCUUAAAACGAUUGCAGGGGAGAGUCGUGGAAUCAGUCCUGAACUCAUGCACCACCACUUUCGCAGAGAAGCGAUUUACACAUCUGAAGUUGACGUCCAUUUUCCUAUGUUAUUCGUCGGCGACACACUCACACUUGCAGCGCGAGCCAGGGCUCCGCAAUUCAUGCCAGGAGAUGUCAAUAUAGACGUGUAUGCCAAUCACACCCGCGACGCUGUUAUGGCUAUGUUCGGAGUUGGGCAUACUAUCGACACGCGAGUUGGGGAUGAUUACAUCCGCGGCGUCAGCGGGGGUGAACGAAAACGUGUCACAAUUGCUGAGGCAGUUCUGAGUGGUGCUCCUCUUCAGUGCUGGGAUAAUAGUACCCGUGGUUUGGAUAGCGCGAAUGCGAUCGAAUUUUUCUUUGACAAAGUAAUUGUGCUUUUCGAAGGACGACAAAUCUACUUCGGAUACACAACCACAGCUAAGGCGUAUUUCGUCAACAUGGGUUUCGAGUGCCCGGAUCGCCAGACCGCAGCCGACUUUCUGACGUCAAUGACUAGUUCUCGUGAACGAGUUAGCCGUCCAGGGUUUGCAGGCAGAGUACCUUGCACUCCUGAUGAGUUUGCCCAAGCGUGGUAA